AUGCGCUUACGCCGCCGCAAGACAUUCCUGCCGGCCAGUGUCUGUUACCGCAAUCUUUGGAAGAAAAAAGUACAAACUGUCAUGCGAUUACACACCUACGACGGCGCUAAACAUGCGAGAAACGAGACUCGCGACGACGAAACUGUCGCUAUCCCGCUCACUCAUAAUACGCGCGAGAUGCGCUCUCUCCUUCUCCCCGUGCGCCCGGCCACCAUUAUCCACCAAUCGGCGGCCAUCUUCUGCUCCCCCGAGAGCAAGCGACAGUGCGUACUCUCAUCACAAUCACAAGGAGACGACAUCUCGCCGCGCGAGGUUGUCGUUUCUGCGCAAGAUGCGCCAUAU